GCUCCAGCAGCAGCACCGUGUGACUGCUAAAUCCAGGAAGUGUCCCGCAAACAUACAUUCUAACCGCGUCCGCCGAGAAAGACAGAGGCCACUUCGUCUUCGUCAGCCAGAAACACGGGAACGCGCAUCAGAGUGUUCGGUCCUUGCCCGCCGCCUGCUUCGAUUUGAAAAUACCCACCACUGGCUUGGCUGGUGCUUGCUGGGAUCCGUGUGGUGCUGUGGGUGUGUGCAUGCGUGUUAGUGUGGGGGUCUGUGAAGUGAAAACCGACGUCGUCGUGAGUGCGAGUAAAAAAGGGCCUGCGGACGAACGGAGGAAGAAAGGAACGACGACGAGGAGAAGGAAAAGUCCCACAUUUUCCCUAAAGUCGAGCCAGGGCGGCCGCAGCCAUCCCGAGAAUUGAUUUUUCUUGUUCCUGUUCCCGUGGAAAAUCGGUUCCCUGUUGUUCCCGAUUGUUCGAUUUCGGUGUGUGGAAGGGCCGUCGCAAACGGAAGAAAAAAGGGCUCGCUGCCUGGUUGGGCUUUCCUUUACCUUCACUGAGAGUGCCUGAAGGGGAUGGAUCUGUGGAAAAUCGCCUUUUCCUAGAAGGAGCGCGCGGCCAACAAACGACGAGAAGAAGAGCGGAACGUGUGUAUUUUUUUUUUUUCGGGGAGUCGCGAGUAGCGUCAAGAAUCGAAGCAGCGCGUCAAGUGGUGCGGUCGAGUGCAAGGCCUACUACCCUUACUGAUCGUAGUAGGCGAAAAACUAACAAAAGCUUGUAGCGAUUUCUGUUUUUUUGAUACGAAGUUGUUAUUUUUUGUUGCUGAAACGACCAAGUGCGUGCUUUAUUUCGGUGUUCGGGUGUGUGUUUGGGGAAAACGCGUGUGUGAGGGAGGAAUCGCCGAGGAGUAACAAAAGUGAAGCAAAGCAAGCGUAUCAGAGUCGGAGUGGGCAGGGUUGGAAAAGUGGCGGGGCAGCACGGAGGACAGCAGCAGCAGCAGGCGUUGCGGAUCGAUUGCCAAAGGAUUAACGUACUACACCACAAAGGCGGCCGAGGGGAAGCGGAAGGCGGGAGAGCUGGAGGACGACGAAGAGGACGAGGAGGAGGAGACGGUUCCCGAGUUGGACGGAAAAACGGAGCACUUUUGCACCGGCCAGCACAGGCAGGAACAGCAGGAGUAUCACCAGGAGUGCUGUUAUGCCUUGCUACGCUUGAACCAAAAUAUUUACCCGCAUAUCUCUGGUGGAUUGCAGUGUUGCUUCGGACGAGGACAUCCAACGGACCAGGCGCUGCAGGAGGGGCAACUUGCGGCCGGGACCGCACCGGACGAAUUCCUCCAAGUGGGGUGGUCGUCCGGGUAUAGAGAAGACGAAGGAGCAACGGCUGCGGCUGCAGCCUCAACAGCACAAACGACAAGAUUUAGCAGCCGCCAGCCAUCGCCGCACUACAGUGCCUACUUUGAUCCCACGGCUUCCCGGUACGGUGCAGUCGACGCCACCAUGGACGAGAACGAGGUGAUGGCGGCGUACCUGUGGAGCAAGCAGUCCCAAGACCUGUACGCCAGCCACGGGCUGAAGGAUCUGCACCACCUCCACCAGGAUUUCAUCAUCAACGACUACACCGACAAGAUCGCCACCAACAUCGACCUGCUCGAUACGGAGCUCAAGUUCGCCUGGGCGGCCCUCAAUCUGCUCAACGAGGAGUACAACAAGAUGGCCGAGAAGGUGUUCAAGCUGCAGUCGUUGAACUUGUCCCAGCAGCGGAUCGUGCAGAACCUCCAGUACAUGGAGGAGAACCGGAAAGCCUACCUGGAUAUGAUCCCCGAGUACGCCAAGCAUCACGAGUACUCGCUGCAGGAGCAGUCGCGGCUUCAGGAAGAACUGCAGUACCGGGACUGCAUCGACGAGGCGUACCUGCACCACCAACAGCAGCAGCAGAUGCCACCGUAUCCACCGUACGACCUGGGAUGGCGAUACGAUCCAGCAACGAUGCCCGAGGAAAUGGCCGUGCACGAUCCGGAGUACUGGCUGAUGCGGAGGAACCUGUCCAACAUUCCCGAAGAGCAACUGGCCCCGGUUCAAGCCCCACCUCGAUAUCCGCAGCAGAUCUCCACCAAUCCGUUCCUCCAGUCGAUGGAAGCCGCCAACGGAGGAAUUCUGCGGGAGAUCGAACCGGCAAGCGAUGCUGCGAUGAUCGAGGAGCAACUCAGGGCCUCGUUUCUGAACCAUUCGCAGCAAUUGGAGCUCGAAUAUGGAUCACCGAUGGCCAAGCAAUUCGUUGCGGAGCGAAUCGAGAAGCUCCGAGACGACGACGUGAAGCAGCUGAUCACGCGAGUGCUGGACGACGAAGACGUGGCGUCGCUGAGCAGCGAGGAGGUCGAGAAGGUUAGAACAUUCAUGGCGAAGAACUGCAGCGAUUUGCGAGAGGUGUUUGCGGAGGAGUUUUCGCCACUGGCCAGGGAUACCAAGGGUGGCGAGAAGCUGAUCCUGCAGAACAAGCAGAGUGGCGUCAGCCCGAAGAAGGAGUUCAACAAGUACAUCCACCUGCCGAACGCCGAGGGGAUAGCAUCGUUGAACAACGACGACCUGCUAACGGUGGACAACGGGACAAUCAGCAUCCAGGAUAGCAACGGAUCCAUCGACAACGAAUUUAUGCUCAAUCUGAACAUGGUCCAUCCAGCGAAUGGGUUUGGAGGUGUUUCGCCAAAGAAGUUGAUAGAAUUUUCACCUUUCGGAAUGCAGAAGUGUAUGUUGCGGGAGACGAAGGAGAGUAACGUGUUUGCGGAGAACUUGCUGAACAAGCCGAGUUUUGCGGACUUGAUGAACAGUAAGCCGUGUGCGGAGACUGCGAUGACCUUUACAAACUUGAACGGAGAAACGGAAUCGAUAUUUAGCCAAAGCUUUAAGGAAGCGGUCGAAGCGAAACUAGCCGGUCAGGCUGUACAGAUGGCUGGCAUUAUGAUCAACCAAGGUGAACAGCUUCCACCGUUUCCUCCUGUGCCGUUGAAACCUAAUAUUAGUGAAGCUCUGGAAACGGCCGCCUCGAAUGGAGCAGCGAUUGAUCCAAGGCGGCCAAGCGUUACGGAAGCGGGUGCCGUAUUGAUAGCUCCGGAAGCUCGAAGACCAAGCGUAGUAGACCAAGUACUCCCAUCAUUAGCUAGGAAACCAAGUAUAACGAUCGUUUCGGAUAUUCCGCGAAAGCCAAGCACCACGGAAGCCUACGAACCGUCAAUGUUUGCAACGGUUCCUCGAAGACCUAGCGCGGUCGAACCGAGCGAACCUUCAUCGAUCUUCCAAACAAUCGCGAGAAAGCCAAGCGUAACGGAAACUGCCUCGAGCCCUCCGAUGUUCACACCUCUACCGGGACAGACCACCAUCACCGACACCCCGGAAAUGCAAGCCAUCUACGAAUCCCUAUCGCGGAAAUCCAGUCUACCGACUCUCGGUGACGGUACGUUCUUCCCGUCACUGGACAUCACCGACUCUGGGUUCGCCGACUCUAUCGAUGGAAUGUCAUUGUUUCCGACUAUCCCGCUAAACCUGUCGGCAUCCGAUGCGCCCGUUAGUUUGCCGGAUUUCUCUACCCUAUCAACUAUUUCCAACAUUCCGGAGACUUCGGAAGCGUCAUCGAUCCUUCACAUGUCUAUGAACUCGUCCGGAAUAAGUGAAGCAUCUGACAGUAUGACCCUUCCUCCGGUAGCGGCAACAUCCGAACCCAGUACAACUGCCGUUAUAUCUGCCCAGCUGUCGAAUCAACUGAAUCAAACCACCGCAGCCAUAUCGAAGGAAGUCCUCCAACCGCAGGAAAAGAUAUCCCUGCCACCCAUAUCAGCAGCUCCGGCCACCAUAGCUGCCCUAGCGGAUAGUAAACCAAUCGCCCAGGCAACGGCACCGCCUCCUACGACCGUUCCGACUUCAACCACUUCGAUCACGGCGGAUGCGGCAAAGGCGAAGCCCAUCGUUAGUCAAGCGCCUACUACGACUGCGACAGCAGUCGUAACCCAAGCCCAAAUCAAACCGGUGCAGACUACGGCUCCUGUGCCUGUCCCGGUUUCCGCUCCAGCGCCGACACCAGCACCUGUUCAGAAACCUGCCCCUCAACCCCAACCCCAACCACCGCCGCAGGAAUCCAAGGGCAGUGGCUUCUUUCAAACCUCCACCGCCAACACCAACCUCUUCGGAGGCUUCUUCAACAAGGUCAACAAGAACCUGACCCAUCAGGACAGUUCCGACAGUAUCAUCGGCGCCAAAUCCAAAGCGUUCUUCGCCACCAUGAAAAGCUCCUUCUCGCUCGACUCGAACAAGCAAUCCGUCGAUGAACCGCCCCAGCAGCCACAACCACAACCCCAACAGCAGCCCCCUCAGCAGACAGUUCCUCCGCAGACGACGCCUCCUUCGAGUGGCACGUCCUCCCAGCAACAGGUACCGUCACCACCGGCAGCCGCAGAAGAAACCACCACCAUCACUACUCCACCCCUACAAUCUCCAGCAGAUGUUGUAGCGCAGGGUCAGUACCCCCUGCAGCACGAACAGCAGGAGUUUUCCCCCUUGCAAGAACAGUCACCGGCCGACGGCGAACAACAGCAGCAACUGCCACCGUUCGAACAAUCAUCACCGUACGGAGCGGGCUCGGAGUUCCCGACACUGAACGAUAGCACAACGACGAACGCACAAGCACAGGAACAUCCGUACCCGGGAGACGAACAGCUACUGGCGAUGGGGGAAGGCGAUGGUGAAGUGCCGAACGUGGCGAUGCAUCGGAAGCAGAGCUUGUUUCGCGCACAGGGAAGUGAAGGAUCGAUGGAUGGUGAAGGCGGUAGCAAAUGGAAACUGCUCAAAACGUUGAAGGAGAAGCGAAUCGAGGAGAAACAGAAGGUAGCGGAUGCGGGCGUCGAGGAAGAGGAUCCGGGGCUUUUCAAGAAGGUCGACGUAGGUGGUAAGGAAGAACCGGAGAAGCGCAAUGGAACUAACGAGAGUGGACGAGGCAAUGGAGUGGGAGACAAUACUUUUUACAGCAACAUCGACAGUAUGCCGGAUAUUCGACCCCGGCGAAAGUCGAUUCCAUUGGUGUCGGAAUUGACGAUGUUGGCUACGAAACGCCAAGCAGCUGGACUGACAUCGGUUGUACGGGCCACCUUGAAUGACGAAGAACUGAAAAUGCACGUCUACAAGAAGGCCCUGCAGGCGUUGAUCUACCCGAUCUCGUCGACAACCCCGCACAACUUCGUCCUGUGGACAGCGACUUCCCCGACCUACUGUUACGAGUGCGAAGGACUGCUCUGGGGUAUCGCCCGGCAAGGUGUUAGAUGUACGGAAUGUGCCGUCAAGUGCCACGAGAAGUGCAAGGACCUGUUAAACGCCGAUUGUUUACAAAUGUGCUUUGCGGGUGCUUCCGAGAAGAGUUCCAAGCAUGGUGCCGCCGAAGAUAAGGCAAAUUCUGUGAUCGCAGCGAUGAAGGAGCGCAUGAAGCAACGGGAGCGAGACCACCCGGAGAUCUUCGAAGUGAUCCGGAAGGUGUUCAACGUGGAGGAGAAGAGCCACGCCGGUCACAUGAAGGCGAUUAAGCAGAGCGUGCUGGACGGUACCAGUAAGUGGUCUGCCAAGAUCGCCAUCACUGUGAUCUGCGCCCAGGGGUUGAUCGCGAAGGACAAGAGCGGUACCAGCGAUCCGUACGUCACCGUGCAGGUCAGCAAGGUCAAGAAGCGAACGCGGACGAUGCCGCAGGAGCUGAACCCGGUGUGGAAUGAGAAGUUUAACUUUGAGUGCCACAACUCUUCCGAUCGUAUCAAGGUUCGCGUCUGGGAUGAGGACAACGAUCUGAAGUCGAAGCUGCGGCAGAAGUUGACCCGCGAAUCGGACGACUUCUUGGGCCAGACAAUCAUCGAGGUGCGAACGCUGUCCGGCGAGAUGGACGUGUGGUACAAUCUGGAGAAGCGAACGGACAAAUCAGCGGUGUCGGGUGCGAUCCGGUUGCACAUUUCGGUGGAGAUCAAGGGCGAGGAGAAGGUCGCUCCGUACCACGUGCAGUACACCUGUCUGCACGAGAACGUGUUCCACUACCUGUGCGAAGAGGCGUUGGGACAGGUCAACCUGCCGCAAACGAAAGGCGACGACGGGUGGAAGAUCUACUUCGACGAGACGCCCGAGGAGAUCGUGGACGAGUUCGCCAUGCGGUAUGGCAUCGAGAACAUCUACCAGGCCAUGACGCACUUCCAUUGCCUAUCGACCAAGUACCUGUGCGCGGGCGUCCCGGCAGUGAUGAGUACCUUACUAGCGAACAUUAACGCUUACUACGCACACACGACGGCUUCGACUGCUGUAUCGGCCAGCGAUCGCUUCGCUGCUAGCAACUUUGGCAAGGAGAAAUUCGUUAAACUACUUGACCAGCUGCACAACUCUCUCCGUAUUGAUCUAUCGAUGUAUCGCAACAACUUCCCCGCUUCCAGUCAAGAGAAACUGAUGGAUCUCAAGUCCACGGUCGAUCUGCUAACCAGUAUUACAUUUUUCCGCAUGAAGGUGCAAGAACUGUCGAGCCCACCUAGAGCUAGUACUGUAGUUAAGGACUGCGUGAAGGCUUGUCUACGCUCAACGUAUCAGUUUUUGUUCGAGAAUUGUUAUGAGUUGUAUAAUCGAGAAUUUCAGGUCGACCCCAACGAAGCGAAACGUGAGGGCGAAGACCAUGGACCAAAAUUAGAGAAUGUUGACUUUUGGCACAAACUAAUCGCACUUAUCGUAUCAGUAAUAGAGGAGGAUAAGAAUAGUUAUAGCGCAGUGCUUAAUCAAUUCCCACAGGAGCUUAAUAUAGGGCAGGUCUCGGCCGCAACGAUGUGGAGUCUGUUCGCAAUAGAUAUGAAGUACGCACUGGAAGAGCACGAACAGCACCGCCUGUGCAAAUCAUCCGCCUACAUGAACCUGCACUUCAAGGUCAAGUGGCUGUAUACGAACUACGUGAAGGAGGUCCCGCCGUACAAGGGCGCCGUGCCGGAGUACCCGGCCUGGUUCGAGCCGUUCGUGAUGCAGUGGCUCAACGAGAACGACGACGUGUCACUCGAGUACCUGCACGGUGCCUUCAAGCGUGACAAGAAGGACGGGUUCCAAAAGAGUAGUGAGCACGCGCUGUUCUCCAACUCGGUCGUGGACGUGUUCACACAGUUAACGCAGUGCUUCGAUGUAGUUAGCAAACUGGACUGCCCGGAUCCGGAGAUCUGGAAGCGGUACAUGCGACGAUUCGCCAAAACCAUUGUGAAAGUGUUGCUCGCUUACGUAGAUAUAGUAAAAACCGAAUUUCCCGAUAUCAUGCACGAGGAGAGGACGGCUUGUAUUCUGAUGAACAAUAUCCAACAACUUCGGGUCCAAUUGGAGAAAAUGUUCGAUUCGAUGGGUGGUGACAAACUAGAGGAGGAUGCUGCCAACAUCUUGAAGGAGCUACAACAGAAUCUCAACACCGCGUUGGACGACCUGGCUACGCAGUUUGCUGUCAGCUUGGAACCUCGCAUAACCGGUAGCGUUCGGGAACUGGGAGAUCUGCUGCAGCAGGUCAAACAGCAGACUUCCCUGUUCCACGCACCACCCACCGACGAUGCCAACAUUAUCGCCAUGGAGGCGGACGAGGUCCUUCGACCGCUGAUGGAUCUGCUGGACGGAUCGCUCUCAAUGUACGCCCAAUCCUGCGAGAAGACUGUGCUCAAGCGAUUGCUCAAGGAACUCUGGAAGAUCGUCAUCCGGACGCUGGAGAAGACCAUCGUGCUGCCGCCGAUGACGGACCGAACGAUGGUCUUCAAACACCUGACGGACAACGCCAAGAACCUGGCAGCCAACGCCAAGAUCGAGGACAUGGGUAGGCUGUUCAAGAACCACGUGGCCGGAAAGUCCGACGCCAAGAACGUGCUCAGCGGUGUGAUGGAUAUAUCAAAGGAGGUCCGUCCAAAUAUCGAAAAGAAUCUCUCGCCGAAGCAGUGCGCCGUUCUCGAGGUGGCGCUGGACACCAUCCAGCAGUACUUCCACGCCGGUGGCAAUGGACUGAAGAAGCCGUUCCUGGAGAAAUCGCCCGAACUGCAGAGCCUGAAGUACGCGUUGAGUUUGUACACGCAGACCACGGAUACGCUGAUCAAGUCGUUCGUCUCCGGGCAAGGUGCUUCUGAAGAGGGUGGAAUCAACCACGAUGACGCCUCCGUCGGAGAGGUUUCGAUUCAAAUCGACGUCUCGUCCAAUCCGGAGAACGGUGAACAGAAGAUAUCCGUCAAAGUAAUCGCCGCCAACGAUCUGAAGUGGACCGUCCCGUCCGGUAUGUUCCGGCCGUUCAUCGAGGUGAACCUGAUUGGGCCGCACCUCAACGACCGGAAGCGCAAGUUUGCCACCAAAUCCAAGUCCAACAACUGGUCACCGAAGUACAACGAGUCGUUCCAUUUCAUCAUUGGCAACGAGGAGCAGUUGGAGUUCUUCGAGUUGCACAUCUGCGUCAAGGAUUACUGCUUUGCUCGUGAGGAUCGCCUGGUGGGGGUCGCAAUCCUGAAGCUGAAGGACGUAGUCGAUCAGGUAUUUGGGGGGUGUUAAGCCAUUUUUGUUGCGGCAUCCUCUGUUUGGAUGAAUGUGGUUUGAAUGAGUGAGAUGAAUGUUGAAAUCGUGGAAGAAUACCAUUGACUGCCCUUCCACUUUGGUAAGUUGGGGGAGAGGUGGUUAUCUACUUUCAGGU